AUGCAAGAAAAUGGAAUAGAGGUCUUGGAUUGGCCCUCGUCUAGCCCAGACCUCAACCCCAUAGAAAAUCUCUGGGCCAUCAUGAAAAGGAAGCUGCGAAAUGACCCACAGCGUACUACUAGCGCAUUGAAAGACAAAAUCCAGGAAAUAUGGGACUUAAUAACCCCUGAGGAGUGCAAAAAUUUAAUAGUAACAAUGCCAAAACGAAUAGAUGCUGUUUUAAAAAGCAAGGGAGGCAAGAAACAAAUUAUUAACACGAUUUUACUGCUGUUUGUAAGCAACUGCGUUAAAAGUGAUGAACGGACCUAUUUACCUCCUUUGGGAAAUAAACUUAACAAUGGUUAUUUACCACCGGCCAAUAAUAACCCAGAACAUUCAAGAAAUCUCCAACCAACACAGAUUAUUAAAGGAGCUGUGAGUUAUAAAUACAAUAAACCAGGAGUAAUCGAUGACCCUCUGCCCAAGAGAGUUGAUUAUGUGCAACCUUUAGGCUUAGAUUUUGCAAGUGGCAAAUAUAAACCAAUCUCUAAGGGGGCCUUAAUAUCGGGUUUAUUUUUUAAUGAAAAUGUAGCGCAAAUAUUAAAUAGAGAGACGGAAAAUGAAACGCCUUUAAAUAAUGCUAUAUCUGGAAAUGGAAAACCACAAUUCCUAAAUGCCAAGACAUCAGAAACUUCUAAUCUCUUUACACCCAAGCCGAAACUGGAUAAUGCUUUAAAUUCUUUAAACUAUAAUAACUCGAAGGCGGAAAAUACCAGACAAAUAAAUAAAUUUGUGAGAAAUCAUCUUGAAGAUGUGGUACCCAUUAACUAUUAUGUGGAAAAAGUAUUUAAAUAUAAAUUAUUUAACUACGAUGAUAUGACUGAAUUGAGUGACACCGAACCGGUGGUGAUUUUUAAACCCGGCGAUGAUAUACGUUUUACAGAAGACACUACCAUUAUAGACAACUAUGAACAUAUGUUUCCUGUGGAAAAACUCAAAAAACCACAAAAAUCCUCUCCUCUAAUAGUUUCUACAACCACCUCCACUGCACCUGCUCCCAUAAUAACAUAUGAUACUCAUACAAUUGAAGCUACCAAACACCAAAUAUCCAGUGAAGAAAAAAGUGAAAGUAACCGCACGGGUAAUGGUUAUAUUUAUGAGAAACCCAAAAUAGCAUUUACGUUUUAAGUUGUUGUCUAAGAUUCAUUAUUUAGGACUCUUGUUUUUAUAAAUUUAUGUUAAUCAUAAUAUUUAAUCAUUGUCGUCU